GUAUGUGCUUUUCCUUUCGGAAAGUUGUAUUCGUUUCAAUUUCAUUAAAAACGUAGUAUUAGUCCCAUUGGUUAGACAUCGUGUCAGGUCUGUGAAACCCUCACCCACGGCCACGGUGAAGCUUACACGGGCGUGGGCGUCUUCAAACAUUUAUAAAUAGCGAGGCGUUGUCAUGCGAGUAUGUACCCAAGUGACGCAGUGUCGGGACUAGGUCUGUAUCUCUCCAAUAUGCCAGAAAAAUGCAAGGAGAUCGUCAACCCUCUGACGUCCGAAGAAGUCAAAGAGCGACAGUCUAACUUCCGCAAGAGGUUUACAGCCAAGUUUUUCGCAAAACAUCGGAAAUAUAAAGGUAUACUGAGGGAGUAUGGAAUCAAUAUACAACCUGGAAACAGUGACUAUUCAAUCUGCUUCGAUAAAACGUUUGAGGAAGAAAUCGAAAUGGUCGUUAGUGAAAGUCGGGGGAAUGUCUCCAAGUCUUGCCGGAAGAGCGGUCAUUAUAGCAUACGUGGCCUUUUCUGGCAAAUAAUUCAUGCAGUGCGCAAGACCAAAGCGUCCCGAAUCAUGUAUAAGUUACAAGGGAUUUCCGAGGUAGAUAUGAGAGAAACCCUUGACGCGGUAUCUACGGAACUUUCUAUUGGCUACGAGUACCAAGUAGCUAUGCUAUCGGACGAGAAGGAUGUACUUAAAAUGGCUGACUACGCAGUUUUGUGUGUGUUUUGUUAUUUGAAAUCGGCCGAAUCUUCGUUUGAAACAUCCAAUAUAUUGCAAGCCGUGCUAGAAAGUGCACCGAAACACAAGUCGGAAGGAGAAGCGGUAAUUAAGACGAGGAUUGUAAAAAGUGAUUCAUUGAAACGGAAACAUUCACAAAAGUGGAGAAUCCAGGAAAUCUUUAAACAACCAGGAUUAAGGGUAAAGAACGAGGGAAACGAAGGGCGCUAUGCCUACUUUGGAUGUUUCACUCCCUUCGGUUGUUUAUGUCGUCCGAACAAAUACGGUUACCGCGCCCCACUUCACGUGUGGGACGAUGAUAUACGAGAAUAUCGGAUGUUGGAUAACGACCGGAUAUCAUGUCACAGUUCACAUGGAAGACAGAUCAUGGAGGACAAGGAAGAUAUCCACCAGCAGUACAAACCCGAAACCUGUUGUUGCCAUGUGGGAAGAGAGUUGGACAAAGAAAACACGUGUUCGAAGAAUGACUGCGAAGAAUCCGAACCUGUUAACGGGAAAAUCAACUGUGUAGUAGAUUGUACCGUAGAACCAGGAAUCGUAGGAUCACUGGUCACGUGCUCAACAACUCAGUCCAUUGUACAUGAAACAUCCACACUCAACGAUAUACAUCCGAAUGUUGAAGGUGUUAUACUGAAUAGCGAAUAAAUCUGAAUAUAAUUUGACCUGUGUUUAUUCUCCUUACCUUGAAAAUUCCGUGCUCCACUAUUGUGUCUUCUUCCAUGCCCCUGUUGAAUGUACGUUCGAAAAGUGGAUUUGUACAUUGGUAACUGUCGAAUUACGACACUAUUUUAGUAUUUUAAUGACAGAGCGCUAUGGAAAUGUUCCUAUAUCAAGUACAAUAAACAUCUAAAAUAUAGUGGGUCAUCAUUGCUUAUAUGAUUUUAAAGGUCGAAUCAUAAAACAAAAAUUGGAACAGAAGUCGCAAAAUGCACCAUUACUACGAUGACAUUAACGUUAUUCUGGUAGUACUGGAAAUAUCACUACUGAUGCAGUACUGGACAUAUCACUACUGAUGUAAUACUGGACAGAUCACUACUGAUGUAAUACUGGACAUAUCACUACUGAUGUAAUACUGGAAAUAACACUACUGAUGUAGUGCUGGGCUAUUGACCAGAUCUCGUCUGUAUUGUACUAUUCGUUUAGAUAGACAUAUGAAGAAGCACCUAUAUAACAAAUAAUAAAUCAACACUCAAAACAAUGCAUCCGUUAAGCCAACGCGUCCAGCUAAAUUUACUUAAAUUCAAAUACACUUUUAGCUUUCAAUUUGAUCCUUGUCAUGUUGUCAUGUUGAACUUGCGUCAAGGUCAUUCAAUUAAGCAAAUCUCGUAGCUCUUCUCCCAGCAUGCUACUAGCCAAAUAUAAUCACCACAUGCCUCUUCAGAAGUCGUUUGGAUGUCUUCAACAUAUUUGAUCCCUGUGAUAUUGAUUGAAUAAGGAUGAAGGUCAUUCAUUUGAACAAACUUGAUGCUGUUCGUCAUUCCAGCGUGCUAAUGGCUAGGUAUCACCCCCCCUCCCGUGUAUAAGCCAUAUAGAGUGUACACAACAGGUGAUUGGACCAGUCCCUACCAACUUACUGUCUGAGAUCUAUUGGUACUAUAUAUGAAUGACACUAUGUUGAUAGAAAUCUAUACAAUAGAAGUACGUGCGUUUGUACAAUGAAUGCAUGUAUGUAUGUUAUAUGUAUGCAUGCAUGCACGUAUGAUAAAUGAAUGAAUGAAUGAACUAACGAACGAAUAACAAUAAAGAAUGACGAAAGAAAGCCCUCUUGUAAGAGGAAAACUAUUUUUUGUCAGUAAUCCUAUGACUAUAAGCUGAAAAAUAAACAUUAAGAA